AUGAUAGCCAGAUGCUACAUCGGCGGGUUCGGAACCAGCAAAAACGAAGUCGGAGCUGUGAAAAUAUUGCUCGAACUCUCGGCACAGGGAUACUGCGCAAGUCAGUGCGUUCUUGCAAGCUGCUAUCAAAUGGGCUAUUGCCUGCCCAAAGACGGCACAAAAGCAUUCGAGUGGUACAGGGAAGCGGCAGACCAAGGAUACGCUAUUGCUCAAAUCAACCUCGGUUUCUGCUACUACAACGGUCAAGGUGUCGCCCAGGACUACGCCAAGGCUGUCGAGUGGUGGACCAAGGCGGCAAGCCAAGGGAAUGCAGCUGCCCAGUGCGUCCUUGGCUUCUGCUACGAGAACGGCGAAGGUGUCGCCCAGGACUACGCCAAGGCUGUUGAGUGGUUCACCAAGGCUGCCCGUCAGGGGGAUGCAAAUGCUCAAAAUUGGGUCGGCAUCUGCUACUACAGUGGACUCGAAGCGAGGAUACGGUGA